UGGGGAGCUGUGCCAGUCCACAGAAAUGGCUUUAUUCGCACUCUUAUUGGCAGCUCUAGUGGCCUCGGCACUGGCCCAUGACGCUGUGCAUCCAAAGGAUCUGCCGUUGGAACAGCGUAAUAUUGAGGGUCGCAUUACCAAUGGCUAUGAGGCAACUGAGGGAAAGGUACCCUAUAUAGUGGGCAUCAGCUUCAACAGCAACGGAAGGUGGUGGUGGUGCGGUGGCUCGAUCAUUGGCAACACUUGGGUACUGACAGCUGCUCACUGCACCAGCGAUGCCGAUGAGGCUUCCCUCUACUAUGGAGCCACCAAUUACGAGCAGGCUGCCUUCAGGCACACUGUCAGCAGCGCCGCUUUCAUCAGAUAUCCCGACUAUCGUGGGCUCGAUCAUGACAUAUCCCUGAUCAGAACACCUCAUGUGGAUUUCUAUAACCUGGUGAACAAGGUGGAGCUUCCAAGCCUGAAUGAGCGCUACAAUUCAUUCGACAGCUACCUGGCCCUGGCCUCUGGCUGGGGUGCCAUCUAUGAUGGCAGCAAUGUGGUGGAGGAUCUACGCUGCGUGGACGUGGAAGUCAUCCCCCUAUCGCAGUGCCAGGCUUACUACGGCACCGAAACUGCCUCCGAGAAUGUCAUUUGUGUGGACACUCCCGAUGGAAAGUCAACCUGCCAGGGCGAUUCCGGCGGCCCUCUGGUCACUCAUGACGGUGCUAAGCUGAUCGGCGUGACUUCCUUCGUUUCCAUUUAUGGCUGCCAGUCGGGUGCUCCAGCUGGUUUCACUCGUGUCACCCAAUACCUAGAGUGGAUCAAGGAGGAAACGGGAAUAUUUUAUUAAAAGUCUACGAUGUUUGUUUACAAAUAAAAAAUGUU